GCGCAGCACAUUUUCUCAUCCGGCGUCGUCGACGCGUGCUUCCUUCCCGGUGUAGCUCAGCUGAGCUGACGCGCGAGGCAUGAAUUCCGUCGUGCGUGCCCCCUUUCAGUUGCCUCGGGGACUUUAGCGGUUGGACGACCCGACGGCAACGCCACGUGCAUUUUUGUGCCGUACACCUACCUCGUCGACGCGUGCGCGGCCUUCGUCUAGCGCUGCGCUGUGACCACUUGCUCCGUGCGAGGAAACCUGCUUCGAGCUAGACGGCGAAGGUUCAGACAAGAAAGAAACAGGACACGCGUUGAAACAGAAGGCCGUUUUACGUCAGUAUCGCCAUUAUACUCUUUCAAGACGGGUUUUUCGUUUCGUUCUCCCAGACGGCACGCAGUGAUCGGAGCUUCGCCGUAGCGGUGCGGCGCGCGUCUCGUCUCCUCGGCAAAGAGCUCGCUGCUGCUGCGGGCCAUCGAAGAUGGCCCGUCCUUGGCAGCGUAGCCUGGACAUCAUGCCGCCCAGCCGAAAGGCUAGCAAGCCGGCAGAGGAAGAACCGCCCGUGGAUGAACUGUACCCGACCAAGCUGUCGAUGGGAGAGGUGAACCCUGCCUUCCACGACGACACGCGCUUGGACGCUACGGAAAUGCAGUAUCAGCUGUCUCUGGGCUCCAACUCCGCUCACGGCGGCCGUGCGGACUCUUCGAACCAUCGGUCGGAGUCGCCCUCCCCCGAGAAGGCUCCCUGGAAGAAGCGGCUCCCCUUCUUCGCCAAGGUGGCCGUGGUUCUGCUGUUCCACGCUUACCUGGCGGCGGGCAUCUCCCUCACGUGGAGCAGCACGCCCGACUACUGCCACGACGUGAAGUUCCUCACCGUCAUCACCGUGAUCGCGUACGUUUACGUUCUGUGGCGCUUGGUAAACUCGCUGUUGGAGAGGACCGGUGGGGUUUGUGACGCGUACCAGAGCCUCCGCGAUCGCGUAGCAGUGACGUGGAAGAAGAGCCGCUUGUUGCGGCCGUGCACGUGGUUGUUGGUGUGGCUGUGUCUGCUUUCGUUUCUGGUGUACGACUCGAUCAAGGACAUCCAGCGACUCAUCUCUCUCGCCGGCAUCGUCGUCCUCAUCUUGAUCGGAUUUAUCUUCUCUAACGCCCGCUUCAGGGUCAACUGGUACCAGGUGAUGUGGGGACUCCUGCUUCAGUUCCUGCUCGGACUCGCCGUGCUGCGCUGGAGCCACGGCAGGGACGCGCUGCAGUGCCUCGCCGACAAGGCGAAGAACUUCCUAGACUACACAAACAGCGGGUCCUACUUCGUCUUUGGUCACCUAGCUUCCGGAUGGAACUUGACGCAAGCGCUCGGCGACCUGGUACCCAAGCAGGACAUGAUGCAAAACGUCACCAACGUCACUAACGUCACCACUGUGCCUAUCGCCGACACUAUAAAGUCACUGCCCGCCGUUUUCAUGUUCCAGGCGCUGCCGGUGAUACUUUUCUUCAGCUUCUUCGUGAACAUUCUGUAUUUCUACGGCAUCAUGCAACGGCUCGUGCUUAUCGUGGGCAGUUUCUUGCAAUUCACCAUCGGAACCACGGUGUGCGAGUCCAUGACGGCGGCCGCCAACAUCUUCCUGGGGAUGACCGAGGCGCCGCUGGUUGUUCGGCCGUUCCUGUCAAAGAUGACGAAGUCGGAACUGCACACGGUCAUGACCGGUGGCUUCGCCACCAUUGCCGGUAGCGUCAUGGCCGCGUACAUACACUUCGGCGUGAACCCCGCCCACCUGAUGACGGCGUCCAUCAUGAGCGCGCCGGCCGCGCGCUAUUCCAAGCUACUCUACCCGGAGACGGAAGAGAGUCAGACGCAGCGGGACAACAUCGAGAUGCCCAGGAGCGAGGAGAGAAACGUCCUGGAAGCGGCUUCCAACGGGACCAACGUGGGUCUCGCCAUGAUCGGCAGCAUCGUGGCGAACCUGGUCGGUUUCCUGGCCUUCAUCGCCUUCCUGAACAGCACGCUCCAGUGGUUCGGCUCCAUCGUCACUUUGGACUUUCUCACCUUCGAGUGGCUGCUGGCGAAGAUCUUCACACCGUUGGCUUUCAUAAUGGGCGUGCCCUGGAAGGACUGCGGCGCCGUCGGAGAGUUGAUUGGCAUCAAGACGUUCGCCAACGAGUUCAUCGCCUACUCGAGGCUCGCCGGCGUCAUCCACCAGCUCGACGAGAGGUCGACGGUGAUAGCGACGUACGCCCUGUGUGGUUUCUCAAACCUCGGUUCCAUCGGCAUCUGCAUAGGCGGAUUAGGGGCCAUCGCCCCCGACCGCAAGGGUGAUUUGGCCGCGCUGUCUUUCCGGGCGCUGGCUGCUGGAUCGGCCGCUUGCUUCCUCACUGCCUGUGUGGCUGGAAGUCUCAUACCCUAAGAC